UGAAUAAGCACAAUAAAACCAAACUCUUAUCACACCUUAUCAUUUUUUUGUUGGUGUAGCGUAUGGAUGAUGUCAAUUAUGGAUAACGAUCUAGUAUCUCGUUUUUUUGACACAUAUAAAAACACUUUAAGGUUAUGUUGCCAACUUUUAUUUUUUGCCUUAUUUAAUCCAAAAAAGUGCAAAAAUGUGCAUUUUCACCCACUUUUUAUCAUAACCCAAUAAUCAACACAACAUAAAAUGGCUCAAGAAACGGAUUAUGACCGUAAGUAUCAGGAAGACUUAGAACGGGCCCAAGCCCUAAGUCUGGAAUCCCUGGCUUUGGAGCAAUUCAAAAACAAGCGCCUUCAAGAACUCAACACGAAAAAUGUCUCAGUUUCGAGGGCCUCCUCAAUGAACGAAACGGACACACGGCCCCCAAACCCACGCCCCAGGCCCGGCCCCUCCGCCGCCACCUCCCCCUCCACCCUCCUCGCUCCCCCACCACGCAAAACCUCCACACACGACACUCCCGACUUAAUCUCUUUCGCCAACCCCCCGAACACCACCGCCCAAAUAAUCGACUUUUGCAACCGCCAAUACACCGCCCCGCGGCCAAUAGGCUGGGCGCCUCAACUGUGGUACCGGCCCGUGGCCCCGCCCCCGGCCCUUCCCCCCAAAAACCAGCGCCGCCUUCCGCCGCCGCCCCCGCGCCGCUCGCACGAUUUGAUCGAUUUGGGGCACGAGGACACUAAUAGUGUCCGUGUCAGUAUUUUGCAAGAGUUUGAUCCGAUUUUAUCGAGCGGGGAUUUCCCCGUUUCAAGGACUGUAAGUCCGGAUUUUGCCGAUGAUGGCGCUUCGGUCUGUGGCAGUGUUUAUGAUGAUUAUGACCCGUAUGAUAUUUACACGGGUUCGGGGAAUAACAGCAUGAGCGACCCGUUGUAUGCCGCCCCUGCUAAGUCACCGCCCCCGCUGCCCCCACGUGAAUAUCUUGCAAAAAAAAUGACCGAUAAGUUGAACUUAUUGGAUGGGAUUGUGCGAGUUGAUGAGAAAAAUAACGCACAGAGGGAUUCCGAUUUGAAGGCGUUCUACCAUAUGGUGAAAAGUGUGAGGGGGAAGUACCGAUUUAACGAUAUUGAUACCAAUAUGGGUUUGGUAAUAAGUCCAAUGGUUGAUUAUCAAUAUAAAGAGGGGACAAGUAUCAAAUUGUGCGUUUAUCCUGAUUUUGAAGGAGCUGAUAUUACCAAACCUAUCAAUUUUACAUGUGAUGUCAAUUGCAGCAUCGAACACGUCACUUUGCAACUAACUUGCGACCUGGACGCCCCUUCUAAAGACAAAUACACCCUUAAAGUAUGGGGUUGUAACGAAUAUCUCGUCCCUACGACGUUCUUAUCCGACUAUGAAUAUGUCCACAAUUGCAUUAAACUUGAAGAAGACAUUCUUCUAACUUUAAUACCCGACUCAAAAGUGGACAAAUCAUUUGCUCGAACGCCACAGGAUGAUAACCGUGACCGUGAUUUAACCUACGAAGACGUGAUCCCAACCGAUUGUAACAUCCACUUGACUUACGAUAAUCUCGUAAUUUUACUCGAAACUGUUGAAAACGAGAUGAAAAAACUUGAAGAUGCAGCGCUUCAAAUGCAGAAGUGUAACAAUCCGGUUACAAUGCCAGCCCUUCAGCCCUUGAAGGUGAUUCAAUCGGCCAAAUGUGUGAUUAAUUUAAUGGGCAAUUUGGCAACACUUGACCUAACAUCGGCCGUUGAUGAUUUACAACGAAUCACCACAAACUUUCAAACACCUCUAUUAAACGACAAUAUUUCAAGCACUUGUAACCGAAUUCGUUUAGCGAUUCAGAAUCUCAUCGAAAUGUACUCUCAAGCGUUUAAAGUCGACUUUGAAGUGCGUAAAACCACAACAAGUGAACCUGUGAAAUACGUUUCGGACGUUAUGGAGUCGUUGGUGAUUCGUGUUUGUGCGAUUUAUCGACCGAAUGUCGAAUGGAAACAUGAUUCGUUCAUGGUUGCUGCCCAGAUUUAUCAUGGUACUAGACCAAUGGGUCAUCCUGUUUUGUCGCAACCUUGUGUCAAAACUGAAAGUGAUCAUAAAUGGCCAGCGAGGAUUAUUAUUGAUCAUUGGUUCGAUAUGAUCGAUAUACACAUAAGUGCACUUGCAAGAGAAUCAAGACUGAAACUUGUUAUUUAUGGGCGAACGAUGGAACCAUCAGAUGAUGCACAAAACGAACCCAAAUAUACACAAGAGGAGAUUGGAUGGGCGAGUGUACAGUUUUUUACAUACGAUGGAACCAUGGUUCAAGGCAACAUAAUUCUAUCAAUCUGGCCACCUGACUCCCAGUUCCUCCAUGGGGCACCACCAGCCUUCGGUACCCACCCAACGCCCGACCAUCCCAUGAUGGACAUACAAAUCGCAGGCGGCCAUCCUAAAACCGAAUUUCCGAAAGUACCACCCGAUCUGAUCCGAAACGUCGUCAAAGGCGACUUUCAAAGUUUAGAUCGUUCAACCCAACAACAACUCAUCGACAUUUGCGAGCAAGAUAUGUUAUGUAAACUUCCACCCCAAUUACGUGAAGUUUUAUGGGAAAAACGUCACUAUCUGUACCAUAUACCAGAAGCCCUACCGAAGGUACUACUGGCUGCCCAUAGCUGGGAAUAUGCCCUUUUGCCCGAUUUACAUGGAAUGUUAUACGCGUGGCAACCUCUACGCCCAAUACAAGCCCUUCAAUUACUUCUGCCUACUUUUCCAGACUUAGAAGUGCGCAAGAUCGCAAUACGCUGGAUUAAUGGUUUAACCAAUGACCAAUUAGUUGAUUAUUUGCCGCAGUUGGUUGUGGCUUUACGUCACGAAAUCUACGAGAACUCGCCACUUGCUCAAUUCCUAUUGGACCGUUCAUUGCGUGCGCCGCGAUUGGCUCACCACCUCUUCUGGUUGCUAAGCCACACCCUGCCCGGGUCCAACCCACAAAAUAGUUCAUCGGAUGAUAUCACGGUGGCUGAGGGACGCCAUCACCGCCGCCUUAAACUAAUGUUAAGGGCUUUAUUGGCAAUUUGUGGCGAUUCCCUUCGUAGUUGUUUCUUAUCACAACAACUACUCGUUAAGGAAUUGAACGAUUUAGCGGAAACUGUUAAGAAAACAAAAGAAUCGCAACGAACUCAAGUGUUGCAAAACCGUCUCCGAUUGGUUGAUGCACAUCUAAGUGAUAAUCCAACGAGUUUGCCGUUGAGUCCGACUUUGAAAGUGUCAGGUGUUGAGAUUAAAUCGUGUUUUUAUUAUCCGUCGAAUACUUUACCGUUGAAGAUUAGUUUUGUUGAUGGGAGGGGGACUGUAAUAUCGGCAAUUUAUAAAGUUGGCGAUGAUUUACAACAAGAUAUGUUGACGUUACAAAUGGUUAGAUUGAUGGAUAAGUUGUGGUUGAAUCAAGGUUUGGAUUUGAAGAUGGUGUCGUUUGUUUGCGUACCCACCGGGAAAAAGAGAGGUAUGAUUGAAAUGGUCACAAAAGCCGAAACUCUGCGUAAAAUCCAAGUGGAGCAUGGUUUAACUGGUUCAUUCAAGGACAAGCCGAUCGCCGAAUGGUUGGCAAAACACAACCCAUCUGAGUUAGAAUAUCAGAGGGCUGUGGAAAAUUUCACAGCCUCCUGUGCCGGUUAUUGCGUCGUAACUUAUAUUUUAGGUAUUUGUGAUCGACAUAAUGACAAUAUCAUGUUGAAAACGUCCGGUCAUUUGUUUCACAUCGAUUUUGGGAAAUUUCUCGGCGAUGCUCAAAUGUUUGGAAAUUUCAAACGAGACCGUGCCCCUUUUGUCUUGACCUCUGACAUGGCUUAUGUAAUCAACGGUGGCGACCGGCCGUCGGAAAAAUUCCAUAAAUUUGUCGAUUUGUGCUGCCAAGCCUUUAACAUAAUCCGAGAUAACGCCAACUUGUUUCUCUAUUUAUUUACACUUAUGGCGUCAUCUGGAAUUUGUGGUAUGACACCUGAAUCCGUUUCAUAUUUGCACAAAGCCCUCCUUCCUCAUAUGUCAAAUCCAGAAGCCGCCGCCUACUUUGCACGUUUGAUCGAAAGUUCGCUCAAAUCUUGGUUCACUCAAUUUAAUUUUUUCUUGCACAAUUUGGCUCAAAUGAAAUUCGGUAGUGAUCAUGAUCAAGGUUCUUUAUUGACAUUUGUUCCGAAAAGAUAUAGUAUGGCAACUGAUGGUAAAUUGGUACAUGUGCAAGUAGUCAGUUAUAAAAAACGCUACGAUCCCGAUAAAUAUUACGUUUAUGUUUUGAGAGUAACAAGGGAAGGUGAUAAAAGUGAUAUGGAAAUUCAUAGGACGUAUAAGGAGUUUUGCGAAUUGCAUCAAAAGUUGUGUAUUUAUUUUCCCUUGGCCAAGUUACACAGUUUGACGACCGGCCUUCACGUCGGCCGUUCAAACAUCAAACAAGUGGCCGAAAAAAGGUACCAAGAGGUUAGUUCAUUUAUUACAUCAUUAUUUAAGUGUGCUGACGAGAUCGCACACUCGGAUCUAGUCUAUACUUUCUUCCAUCCGUUAUUAAGGGACCAGAAAUGUCCAGAAGACUAUGCCCGUAAAAAAGGUAAGUGCGAGGCGAAAGCCGAGUGUUUUAUUCACCUGAAAUUUGGCACAGACCGAAAAGCUUCACGAAAUGAAGUGGGACGAUUGAAAGGUCAGUUAAAACUCUCAUUCCAAUUCUCGAAGGGGGUUUUACGGGUCAUGGUAUACCAUGUGCGCGAUUUACCUUUACUGACCAAUGGGCAGGAACCAUCGACUUACGUUAAAGUCUAUCUCAGACCUGAUACGUCCAAAGAAACGAAACGAAAGACAAAGGUUGUGAAAAAAAAUUGUCAUCCGAGUUUUGUCGAAAUGUUGGAAUAUAGAAUGGCUUUGGAAGUGAUACGUGAUAAAAGUCUCCAAGCCACAGUUUGGAAUUACGAUGCUUUACAAGAGAAUGAAUUUUUGGGAGGUGUUGAGUUACAGUUGAGCAAUUUUGAUUUAACCAAAGAGACCAUCGAGUGGUACCCAUUGGUCAAUCUGAGUAGAUAGCAAUUGUUUUAGUUUUAUUUAUUAUGUAUUUAUACCAAAGUUAUCAAUAGCAUUCCUUGAUGUAUCUAUUUACUGAUCAUAUCAUAGCGCAUUUAAUUUUUGUAAUUUGUCUACAAUAAACAAAUUUAUACAACUACUAAAA